GUGGAUACAACCGAACUGCAAGCCCUGAAAACUUCGAAAUUGACAGAGGCCGCUUCCGCUGAGGAUAUCUUUUAUUUGGUAUCAGCUAUGAAAGACAGUGGACUCGAAGUUGACAAAACUAAAGUUACUGAAGUUAUCAAUAAGAUCAAGGCAAAAGACUCAACUGCUUUAACAAUGGCCUAUAUCCUUCAAACUGUCGCGAAACUUGGUCUCUCGAAGGCUUCUAUCAAACCUUACCUGGACUUGGCCAACGAUGUGUUGGAUCAAGCAGAUGAACUUAAUGGAAAUCAGUUGUUUUUUGAAAGAGGCAUAUUUACUACAACCAUGGUAGCUCAAGGAGUCGCUGACAUCAUCACAUCCUACGGUGAAAUGGAGGGUAUCUCUGAGCCGAAAUUGGUGAAACUGAUCAACUUCCUGUACACUCGUCGCCAUUCGACGAAUCUCCGUGCGGCCGCUCAUCUGGCUGCAGCACUGAAAGCUUUUUCGCAUAAUGCAGUUGUUACUCCCGUUUCGAUCACACUUGGUGCACAACCACUGGAUGAUUCCAAGGAACAGUUUGCAGCUGGUGCAGAAGUGCACCAUGCCUCUCCGAAGUUACGAUUACGUCUUUUCACUCUUGGGGGUGAUAGUCUGAACCCGACGAAGAUUACGCUAAAGGCUGCUGGUUUGUACGCGAUUCAAGGUCCGAAUAAAAUACGCGUGUUGACCGGACCAGCAGAGCGUGGCUCAUUCAGCUCUCCGGAUGGCAAGUCUUAUUUUGAACUAUCGCUGGCGUCAGCUAACGGUUCUCUGCCCACGCGUAACUGGUAUGAAUUGGAAUUAUCUGCUCGGUGGAAAGGGGAAAGUUCGAAACAACGAAUUCUCGGUCUGUCCAACGUUCAGCUCCCUCUUCGCGUUUUGGCCAACCCAAAGAUAGUGGAUUCCAUAAUGAAAGUUGGUGAUGGUGCCCAUGACAAAUAUCAGACUGAGAUCAAACUCAAACCAGGAUCACGAAUCACCGGGUCUGGUGCAAGCGGGUCUAUCCCCAUUGAGAUUGGUCAACGUAUGUUGCUCUCUCUACGUUUCGUCGAUGAUGAUCCAGCGGAAACACCAUUGACUGUCCAUCAGGCGUUUGUGCAGUUCACACACCAAGAGACUGAUCAGAGCAUCACUUUUGUUUGUAAUGAAGUUGCUGCGGUCGGGAUCGCGAGUGCCAAAGCCUAUCAGUUGAAGCUGGAUCCGGAAGGCUCCGCUGCUGAUUUCGACAACAUGGAUGGUAUUUACAAGAUGGAAUUACUGGCCGGCGACAGUUUAUUCUCGAAACCACUGCUGUGGCAUAUGGCCGAUGUGAGCUUGCAUUUUACCGGUCCCCGUGGGUUAGACAGCGCGAGACGUGCCGCGGACGCAGCCGAUAUUUCUCGACAAAAGUCCCCGUCCAGUGCUGGAAUGAAACGUGCCGGCAGCAAUCCACUCAUUGGAACUGGACCUACCAAAGCGAAACCAGGCAUUGAGCACGUUUUUCGUCCACCAGAACGACGAGCUCCGCGUCCUCUUGCGUGGGCCUUCACCGUACUAUGUGCUGUCCCGCUUCUGGGUCUCCUGAUUUCCUGGUCUAUGAUCGGAUUCAAUCUGUGGAAUUUCCGAUUCAGUUUGUCUGCUAUCGUUUUCCAUGCUGGUUUCAUUGCGAUCCUGGUUCUGUACUACAUUUAUUGGUGCUAUUUGGAUAUGUUCACCACUCUUGGCUAUCUUACUGUUCUUGCCGUUCCCACAUUCCUGGCUGGUAAUUCGGUGUUGCGAGCUCAACUGGCCGCUCGUCAAGCAUCGCCCACGAGCAACACCACGAAGAAGUAG